UCUAUUUCUCAUUUUUCGUUUGUUCGUUGGUGUCGUAGGUGUUGUUGUGUUAAAAUACGUUAAAAUGGCUGAUGCUGAUGAUCUUUUGGAUUACGAAGAUGAGGAACAAACCGAACAGACCACGACCGAAACGGCGGGAGCAGGGGACGCCAAAAAAGCCGUUAAGGGUACUUACGUAUCCAUCCACAGCUCCGGUUUUAGAGAUUUUCUUCUUAAACCUGAAAUUUUAAGGGCUAUUGUCGAUUGCGGUUUUGAACAUCCAUCGGAAGUACAGCAUGAAUGUAUUCCACAAGCCGUUCUCGGCAUGGACAUCUUGUGCCAAGCAAAAUCCGGUAUGGGUAAAACCGCCGUGUUCGUGUUGGCAACGUUGCAACAACUCGAGCCUACCGAAAACGUGGUCUACGUACUGGUAAUGUGCCACACGAGAGAGUUGGCCUUCCAAAUCAGCAAAGAAUAUGAACGAUUCAGCAAGUACAUGUCCAACAUCAAAGUUGGCGUGUUCUUUGGUGGGUUACCUAUUCAAAAGGAUGAAGAGCUGUUAAAAAACAAUUGCCCACACAUUGUGGUUGGUACUCCUGGCAGAAUAUUGGCGUUGGUCCGUUCGAAGAAGUUGAAUCUCAAACACCUCAAGCAUUUUAUUCUUGACGAGUGCGACAAAAUGCUGGAACUAUUAGAUAUGAGAAGGGACGUUCAAGAAAUAUACAGAAACACACCUCACGGAAAGCAAGUAAUGAUGUUCAGCGCCACUCUCAGCAAAGAAAUUCGUCCCGUCUGCAAGAAGUUUAUGCAAGAUCCAAUGGAAGUUUACGUUGACGACGAAGCCAAACUUACCCUCCACGGUCUCCAACAACAUUACGUUAAACUAAAAGAGAACGAAAAAAACAAAAAAUUAUUUGAAUUGCUCGAUGUUCUUGAAUUUAAUCAAGUCGUCAUUUUCGUUAAAUCAGUACAAAGAUGCGUUGCACUGGCCCAAUUAUUGACUGAACAAAAUUUCCCAGCCAUUGGAAUUCACAGAGGAAUGGACCAGAAAGAACGUUUAUCAAGAUAUGAACAAUUUAAAGAUUUCCAAAAGAGAAUAUUAGUAGCCACAAAUCUCUUUGGUAGAGGGAUGGAUAUUGAACGUGUAAACAUUGUGUUCAACUAUGACAUGCCAGAAGAUUCUGACACCUACCUUCACAGGGUUGCCAGAGCAGGGCGUUUUGGUACCAAAGGGUUGGCCAUUACGUUUGUGAGUGAAGAAAGUGAUGCCAAAAUUCUAAAUGAAGUGCAGGAUAGGUUCGAUGUUAAUAUUACAGAGUUACCUGAUGAAAUUGAUCUCAGCUCUUAUAUUGAAGGAAGAUAAGUGAAUGAAAGCAGAAUAGAUUUUAUGUGUUUAAUUUUAGUUUUUUGUUUGUUAAGUAAAGUAUUAUCUACUUUAAUGAUUUUAUAAAUAAACUUUUCUUUGUAUAA